AUGCAAAUGAAAAUGAUCUGAAAGCGUCAUAGUCAGAAUUGGAUAAGUGUGAAAGUGAGAUCAACAACAGGAUAUGAGGAACUUGCACAAUCCUAGACGACUUCAUAGGCAUUAGCGAUAGACGACGGCCGAAAUUGGAUACGCUGAACAUAUUACUUUUCGCCACAACUAACACGAAUGGACACGUCUGUCAAAAGUUCCAUUUGCUAAUGGACACUCUUUGGAACGACAGUCUAUCACCGGCUGCCAAAACUUGUACGUUAAGAUCUUUCUAAGAGAUCUAAUUGGUAGUAUGUGAUUCGUAUAUAAAGCGGAAUAGAAACAACGUGCACGGGGUAUAGAGUCGCAACAUUUGUUUAACGAAGGAAAACUAUACUGUUGUAUAUGCAGUUAUUCGCAGCGAAUGUAUGGCUUGUUAACGUGAAAUAUAAGUUAACUAUUUUGUGAAGAAAAUGAUUAAAUGACAGUCUAACUGAAGCAGAUAAAACAUAGUUGGUCAAGACAUGUGUUUAAAUGCAUAGACGUUUCGCAAGUUACAAGUAUAUUUCCAUAAUAUCAAAUUUCAUUGUAUAGCUAACCAUUUAAUAUGUCCAUAUUAUAAUAUUUUACAAAAAAGCGAUAUAAUGGCGAUUGUAAAUAACACAUUGGUGAUGGAGAGUACAACCAUCAAUUUGCUGCUAGCUACUGCCCAACCCGAGACGAUGGGCCUACAAGAAUUCUACAGGAAAUACGCAUUGCUGCAUGGGUAUUUCAGCAUUGUUGUGUGUUUGUUUGGGUUCGUUGCUAAUAUUUUCAACAUUGUGGUCCUUACUCGACCGAACAUGAUCACACCCACGAAUGUGAUACUGACUUGGCUAGCCGUAGCAGACAUGUUCACAAUGCUUGAUUACUUCCCGUUCGCUUUGCACUUUUAUAUUUUCAAAGACUCGGAUUUAAAAUUUUUAGAGACACGAGGAUAUGGAUGGAUGUGUUACUUAUUGUUUCACGCUAACUUCAGUGUUUUGUGUCAUUCAGUGGCAAUAUGGUUGACGAUUGCGCUCGCUACAUUUCGGUUUAUGUGUAUUUGGUUUCCAACUUGGGGUCCACAGUAUUGCACUGUGAGAAGGGCAAAACAUGUGAUAGGAAUUAUAAUAGGCUCUGUCAUUAUAUUAUGCAUUCCAAACUGUAUCAUUAACUCGUGGACGACUGUAGGCAAAAAUGAAACGAACAUACUGGGUAAUGAAACAUUGCCAAACACCACGAAACAAUUAGACAUAGUUUACAAUGUGGAUUAUCGCUCAGAGGGAGCAUAUGUUCACGUGGACAAAAUGAACAAGAUGAUUCAAGCCAUAAUCUUUAAGAUUUUACCAUGCUUUGCGCUCGCGUGCCUCACGAUUCUACUAGUUACAGCAAUGCACAGGGCGUAUAAGAAGCGAAUGAGGUUGCGGAACCAGGGUCGUAAUGAGGAGUCCGAUCGCCACGGGGAGCACAAUAGAACAACGGGCAUGCUGCUUGCUGUUGUUGUUCUUUUCCUCUUGACAGAAAUGCCACAAGGGAUUCUUACUAUUAUGUCGUUAGUUCAAGACUAUUAUUUCAAUAACGUGUACAUGCCCCUUGGAGAUGUUUUGGAUAUAAUGGCGUUGUGCAACAACGCAAUCAAUUUCGUCCUCUACAGUACAAUGUCCAAGCAGUUUAGAGAUACAUUCGUAUCCCAAUUUUGUUGCUGUUGUCCAAAAAAAAGACCAGGAUGGAUGAGAAUGAAAAUUAUCAAAUCGAAAACGGAACAGAAUGGGAAUUCCGUUACCACACAUUCCCACGUGUAGGCAUCAACUUUAUCUAUAAUUUCAUGUACAAACAAGAAGCCACACCAAAACGAAUGUACAUUCAGAUUAUAUACUACUAUCAUAUAUCGCAUUGGUUAGGAAUUUUACAUUAUAUAUUGCAAUUCUCGAUUCGUGAUCGCAAUUACCAUCUUGAACAUAUUCAGCCACCUCUAUUGUUGUUCAAGUGCAAUAUGUGUAGUUUAUUUAACAUGAGCGUGUACUGUUAUUUCAACUUCUAUCCAUUAUUACAUACGUCACCUUUGUGUUUAAUGUGCGUGCAUUAUGAAUAAACGUGUGUGUUUUGUCAGUAUUGCGCACUUUCAGUGACCAAUUGCAAACUUUGAAUGUUUGAGUAACAAACCAAGCACUAUAGGUACGAAACGCUUAACAUGAACUGCCACCAUGCCUGAUUCCAUUUCGUAUAAUCCUGCUUGAGGUAUUGUCGUUUGUGUCUUAGAGGUGUUUGAAACCAAGCCUUUGCCAGCUGUUGUAAUUAUGAAUAAUGACUUUUUUUAUUUUUGAUAGAAAAGUCAGCUUAUUCAGAGACCAUACAACCGCACUCUGGAUCAGCAGACGAUUUAUUUCAUAAAUCAAUCUCAGGGUUAAUGGUCGCCAUGUUUCGAACUACUUUCAAAAGUACAACAACAACAAUAACAGUAGAAGACAAUUUUAAUUGCGAAAAGUUGAAAAAUUGAGUACAUGUGUCACGGUUGUUGAGUGAAAUAGUGUUAUUUUCAACUGUGUAUGAAGCAUGUGAACUGGUAGUU